UCUCCGGUAUAUCAAGUGACAGCCGCAGCGACGAGGACGACAAUGCCUUUAAGCUUGGAGAAAUUCCUGGAAAGCGGCGAGCACGCCGACGUGGAGUUCGUCGUGAAAUCGGAAAAAUUGGACAUCUGGAAGACCUUCAAGGCUCACAAGCAAUUACUGGCCUUGAGUAGCGACGUUUUCGAAGCCAUGUUCUACGGUCAGCUUGCCGAAAAGGACACCGUGGUCAUCACGGACCUCCACCCUGAUGGAUUCUAUGGCCUUCUGAAGUACGUGUACGCGGGACAGGCCAGGAUCGAAAAUUGUUUUGAAGCCUUGCACACAAAGGCCGCAGCGGGGAAAUAUCUCCUCGGAGAGCUGGAAACUGCGUGUCUUGCCUACAUUCGCGAGCACGUCGACGCCAAAGAGGCGUGCCUCGUACUCGACUGUGCUUUCGUGAGCGGCUAUGGAUCGCUUGACGAAGUGGCAGAAGCAGUGCUCGUUAAGAAAGACGACACCGUGCUGUGUUCCACCGCAUUCCUCAACAGCCGUCCUGAGACGGUUCUUCUUGUUCUGGACAAGGUGACAAACGUUCGAGAGAAUUUAGUGAUUCGUGCGGCGCUAAGGUGGGCGCGAUCGUUGUGCAAGGCGGGUGCCACGGACCUCAAGACGACCGUUGCCGCCGUCCUGCCGAAGCUGAGGUUCUUGGCGCUGUCGUCGUCGGAAUUCGUGGAGUUGAUCACCUCCGAGAACGCGCAAGGGGCGAUGGAAAAGGACGACGCGUUCGCCAUUUUGUGCAACCUGAUCCACGAAGGGUGCACUGAGAUGCCGGAAUGGGCAUGCCGGGAGAACGUGCCACGCCGUCAGACUGGGGAAAACGACUUGCCAUACCCGUACAACAGAAAAAGGAGAGACUUGUACGACAUGGACAUCUCGUUCGGUGGCUCGCACGCUUGUUACUUUUACGAUCGAAGAAACUUUUGGUGAGAUCGGAAGUGAUUUCUCCACUCAAACGUAUACGUUAGGCGCGGGAGAUAUCCUCUUGAGCAACCAAUGUGCCUGUUUGAAUGAGAUGCGUUCUACAUUUAAAAGAAAACGUUUAACUGGUGACAGCAGAGUUCCGCAUUGUUGAGUCAUUGAAUUAUUUAUUAGUAAGAAAGAAAUGAAGUACCAAAUUUGAUGGUGUACAACUGCGCCCUAGAAACCGACGUCUAGAUUUCGCGCUGGUUUUGCGCGAGUUGUGCGAGAAGGGCUGUUCAAAUAAAACGCAGUUUUUUUCCCCUAUAACACAUACAUUCAUAGCAGAGGUUAGAGCAACGGCAGCAUCGUUUCGGAGCAACGUGUGGACUGUUUCGAUUCGAUCAUCGCGUAGUCCCCCUUCCCCCACUGCAGGGUACUACACCGGACGUGCGGCUGCUUAACCUCCCUGCCUUCUAUUCUCUCUCUCUCUCUCUCUCUCUCUCUCUCUCUCUCUCUCUCUCUCUCUCUCUCUCUCUCUCUCAUCGCGUAGUAAUCCGCGGCAGUUUACCAAAUUGGGCUACGUCGUUCGUUUUUUUGUUAAAGGGCAAGCAAUCUGCAAAUUUGGUGCUUAAUUCAAAGCCAGUAGUACAAUCGAUUCCCACCAUUUUUUCCGAAAAUACAGGCGGAUCUAAACAAGGAGGGUCUUCUCACAACUGUCACUGGUUUUAUUUUUGUUACUCUUUUAUACAACUGCAGUAUGUUUCGCUAAAAUAGAGACAAUGGUUGUUUAGAAUUAACAUUCGUUCGUCUCGCAGACGUUUGAAUGGAAAGAAUGUGUAGGCGGAAACCUUACUCUCUGCCAUUGUUCGUAAAAAGUUGUUCAUAUGCACAUUUGCCGAGAUGUCACAGGGCUGCAUAUCUUGUAAAAAAACGAAUUAAAGAUUGAUUUCGGUGA